AGGUUGAGAGCUGCUUGAGCUUUGAGACAAGCUAUCAGCUGCAAUUCAAUAGAAGUCUGCAUGCAGCAUACACCCGUACCAGGGGCUAACAACUGAGACAGAACUCAGAUAACAUGGCACUCCAAAGAAAGGAAGUGGACACAAGAGUAACAACACCCCUUGUGGCACUGAAACGUCAGAGGCUCUUCUCUAAGGAUGGUCGUUGCAACCUACGCAUGACCAACAAGGCUGGUUCUCCAGCCAGAGGGCUACUUUACCUGAGUGACAUCUGGACUACAUUGGUGGACCUGCGCUGGCGCUGGGUUCUUCUCGCUUUCUGUGCCUCCUUCAUAGCUCAUUGGCUGCUGUUUGCCUGUCUAUGGUACCUGCUUGCCCAUCUGAAUGGAGACUUGCAGGUGGACCAUGACCAACCUCCCCCAAACCACACCAUUUGUGUCAAGUACAUCACAAGUUUCACAGCAGCCUUCUCUUUCUCGCUGGAGACUCAACUCACUAUUGGCUAUGGAACAAUGUUCCCUAGUGGAGACUGUCCAAGUGCCAUUGCUCUCCUUGCAGUGCAGAUGUUACUCGGGCUUAUGCUGGAAGCUUUCAUAACAGGUGCUUUUGUGGCUAAAAUCGCUAGACCAAAGAAUCGAACAGGAACCAUCAAAUUUAGCCAAUCUGCUGUGGUGGGACAGCAUGAAGGAGAAACUUGCCUUAUGUUCAGAGCAACCAAUAUACGGGAAAGUCCUCUAACAGACAUUAGGGUAAAUGCCAUCUUGUAUCAAGAACGAGAAGACCAAACUCUUCACCAAACAAGUGUUGACUUCCACCUAGAUCGUCUGGGCAGAAAAGAGUGCCCUUUUUUUGCUUUCCCUCUGACAUUCUACCACCCACUGAACCAGUACAGUCCACUUUAUCCAGCACUACGAGAGGGGAACAUGACUCACUUUGAACUUGUUGUCUUCCUGACUGCAGUCCAGGAAGGAACGGGUGAAUCAUGCCAGAAGAGGACCUCUUAUGUGCGCUCAGAGAUAGAGCUGGAUCAUUAUUUUGCAUCUGUUGUUGAGUUGGGCAUUCAUGGCAAUUACAGAGUUAACAUGAGAAACUUUAAUAAAGUUCUUCCGGGUGCAACAUUUUUUAAAGAAGACAGAGACAAGGAUUUUGCUCAGAUAAAUGGCGAUCACGCAGAAACCUCAACAGUAGGUGAGAACAGACUAAGGGAUAUUUAAUCUUCUGCCUUACAAAAGACUGCUAUAGCUGUUAUUCAAGAGAUCAAUCUCAAUCUUAUUACCACAGCGAUGAUUUCUUCACCCCCUGGAAUUUUUAUUUUGUUGGCAAUAUAAAAAUUCAUGGAAGUUAUAUAAAAAAAUUUGCUGUGACUGAGAGAAAAAUCUGCAGGAGGCUCAAAAAUAAAGAAAUACUACUGAAAGGAUAAAACUGAAUGAACCGUUUAACUUCCCUAAUCCUCUAACAAACAUGGACUCUU